CACAUUUUGUAACUGCUCCUGCAACUACUCCAUCCGCAUCCUCAUCGCAAUGAGCUCCCCACGCUUCGCGGGCCUGCCACGCUUCGCGCUGCGGUGCGCGCUCCUCUGCGCCGCUGUGCUUGUGAUCCUCAUGGUCAUCCCGCACUCGCCGCGUCCCGCGCGCCAGCGGCCGAGCAUCGACAGAUUCUUCCGCUUCGGGCGGCCAGCUGAGGCUUGGGUCGACCUCGAGACAAGCAUCCCGUGGACGAGGUAUGAUGGCGGCAUUGAAGGCUACACUGUCUGGUCGAACCUGUUCCUCUCUGGAGGCACGCUCGUUGCCGCCGUCGAGACGAAGGAGGCUGCCGACAAGCUGCCCAAGCCGCGGGGCAUCCUGAGCGACUUCGAUGGGGUUGAGCGUAUCCCCGCUGGUCCGGACCUUUGGGCGACGAGCGCCGGGGCGGACCUGGUCCGCGCUGAGUUUGGCGAGCGCGCAAUCCGUAUUCCUGGGAUCACAUAUCUCUUCAACGACCCACCCGGGGAGAGGGGCCUAAUUGCGCAUAACCACCACUUCGUCUGCGAUCUACUGGCGCCCGCGGCGAGGGCUGUCGCCUCGGCGCGCGCAGCUGCUGGCCUCCCAAACGAGCUGCCACAGCGCAUCUUCUUCCCCCGAUGCGGAGCUGACCCGUCUUGGCGUGACCACCGCGGCUUGAACUCCUGGCUGAUCCGCACCAUGUUCCCUACCAUUAUCGUCGAGGACAAGCUCACGUGGGACGACCGGGCCCGCGGAGACGUCGCGUAUGUCUUCGAGCAGGUGGUUAUCGUGGACCGAUCCGCUGCACACUCAGCUUCGGGCGAUGUCGCGCGUUGGGGGAGAAUGAACGCCAACGUGCCACAGAUGGACGCGCCCGCCAACUUCUGGGACCCAUUUUCAACGGCGAUGGCCCGCGCCACAGGAGACCUGCUGCGCGUCGGGCGAUUCCAGCUCCCCGUCGUCGUGUAUCUCGACAGGAACUCGGAGCCUAUGGUCUCCCCUGAGUCGAGCGAGGCGCUGAUCAAGGGCCUGCGCGAGCUCACCGGCCGGGCCGAGGUACACGUCGCGCGCAUCCAAAGCAUGACGCGGCGGCAGAAGGUGGCGCUCCUCUCGCGCGCCAACGUCAUGAUCGGGCUCAACGCCGAGGACAUGCUGCAGAUGGCGUGGAUGCGCGCGGGCAAGGGCAAUGCGGUGGUGGAGCUGUUCGAGGAGGACGGCUUCGCCAACGACUUUGCGUUGCUCGCCAACACGCUCGGCUUCAAGCACAUCGCGAUACAGGGCAACCGCGAGCUCACCCCGCGCAUGUGGAGCGAGCAUCCGAACGGCAAGCGCGGACCCCAGCACCACGCCGUCGUCGACGUCGAUGCCGGCGCCGUCAUACAUGCCGUGGUCAGAAUCCUGGACGGGCUAGAGGGCAAGGUGGGCCGGCAGCUGUUGCUGGGCUAGACUCUGUAUACUAGAUUGGGUUUGUUGCAUGUGAUAGAUUGACUUUUAG